AUGCGCGUGCAUGCGCUACGGAAGGCCACAGAACAUGUUGGAGGUUUCGACAACGGAGCCGAGCGCGUCGUCUGCGCGUUGCAUCCCGCCAGCCGCAGCGUCUUUAAGGGGGUUAACCUCUCAGGCAGCCGAAUUGAGCUCGCGUUCUUCCAGCUGGGCGCUGGAAGCCGACUGCUAUCUCUCAGCAUCCGCGCUUCUUUCCCGCUCAAACUUUGCGCGGUACCUUUCUCUGCGGUCAGGAGGGAUCGGCCUUUCGUCAAUCACGGUCACGCUGACUGCGAUCGUGAGCAGCUUGACAAGUUAUGUGUCUUCUGCCCUACAGACACCCCUUUCGCGCUCCUUCUACUGCGGCUGCAGGACGGGGUUACAAGUACAACACAACCCUCAUACCCCCCGCACGAUCGGACGUGCAUACUCUCGGCCACGGGCAAGGAGGGUUUGCACUCGAAGUCUUCACUGACAUCGGAUGGGCCAUGUAACGGAUCAUCUCACAAGAAGAAACACUACAGCGUAUUGAAAGAUCUCUCUGUCGGUGCGCGAGUUCUUAGCCAACGGAAUCGCUGCCUUGACGGACGAUGGAUCUCAUCGUGCCUUGUGCCGUACGCUUUCUCACGCGAGCGAGACCUGCCUAUGUGUUUGGGCGCUGCAUACUUGACACGGCCUACGACAAUCUUGUCGAAUGUUCGAUGCGUCUUCGGGAGAAGCCAAUCGCCUGUACACCGCCUCAACAGCAUCAUGAUGAGUUCACCUGGGACACCCAUGGACACCCCUACUCGGCCUGUGCGCUAUGCGGGAUGGAGGGCUCGAUGUAGCUAUAGAUCUGGCACGUAUCGGACUCGGAUUUAA